AAAAUCCGUUUUUGCACAGUCUACUGUAGCAGCCAAUGCCAAAUUGGCAGUGUGUUGUGAUGAAGCUCGUCGUCGUUUGAAAAAUUUCUGGUGCGGAAAGUGUGAAUCGCCGCGAGUGCAAAACACGGGGAAGCGAGCGAAACGAAAAGAGGCAGUAAAUCAGGCCAGCACAAAUUGCUGCAGAAUCCACACAGCUAGCGGUGGUCGAUGCGUAUUUUCCAAAGUCAGCUAGCAGCAGCAGCAAGCAUCAGCCCCAUCCAUACCUCCCGAAUCCCACUUUAUCGAUGGGCUGCUGCGUGUAACGGAAUGCGUGCGCUCGAGGGUGUGUGUGCAUGCUUGUGGUUGAAAAAUUAUUGGGGUUCAGAUUUUGGAACAUUCCGCUACGGUGGCGAGGUGACGAUCGGAGGAGGAAAAAAUCUUCCAACAUCACCGUGCACGAAAUCACAGUAGCCUGCCAUCUUGUCGGCGGUGUGUGCUGGGAAGAAAAGUGAAAAAGCAAACGCGAAGUGAAAGAAGGCGAGAAAUAAAACGAAAUAGAACCGUCCGCCGCGGAGCAGAAGGCGAAGAAAAGUAAAGAAAACGACCGUCCGUCCGUUCGUUCGACAACGAUGGGGAUCGUAAAAGGUGUACCGUGGCGCGUGUGUGUGUGCGCGCGAGUGUGCCAAUAAUAUUCGACAGUGCGACGUGGAAGAGUCGUUUCGUUGGAACGGCGGGACCAGUGGAGUUCCAAGGAAUCGGCGGGGUCGAGUUGGUGUAAAACAUCGGUUCCUUUAGGAGCGGACGGAUUUCGGUGAACUGCGGCUUAGCGUCGCCUUAUUCUUUGCCGUUGCCGUGGACGGUUCCGAAUUGCAACCUGGGGUUCAACAUUUUCGACCGCAGUGUCCACCACCAGUGCGCCGACCGCAGUGCGGUUCCCUCCCGUUAGUGCACAAUUUGUAACGUUCCGUAGUGGUGAGAAUCGAAAGUUUGGUGCGUAUUUGGGCAAACAAACAAAACAAACGUGCACAAAAAUAAUUGUGAUUCGUGUGUGGGUGGAAAGCGGUGCAGGUUGACUCCAUAACGCUCCACUCGAAAAGGAACGAAAUGUGUAUGUCCCUUGAUGGGGCACAGGCGGACGCAGUGUUCUAGUCAACAAACUGCUACGGGAACAGCAUCGACAGUGGAGUAAUAAUAUUACCACAUCAAACCACAUUCGGCGCAAUGCAGCAACAGCGUGAUAACUGCUGAAUCAAACGGCUAGAACAAAUCGCGACAUUCAACGAUAGGAAGUAAAAGAACGAAAAAGCAUCGACAGCAUCAUCCCCCCCUCACUGCUAACGGACGAGUGUAACUCACCGGAUCGGAUCGAUCGGAGCUCCCAGUAGUACCGCCUGGAAGCAGUACUUAGCUUUGCACGGGCCGUUACCGCUUAUAACCGGUGCCAUCUGGAAACGAGCAUCGUUUGAUAAUACAUUAAAUAAGCAAAAUCUGUGAUAAUUCCCACCCGGCACGAGCCCCCCCGAUCCCUGCUGGUUCCGGAUUGCUGCGAGGGUUGUGCGUCUCUGAAAGGGGGAUACAAAUCCGUCCUAGGAGAACAAGGGCAAAGGUGCUUCAUCAUUCCCCUGCCACCAAACUUAAGGUUAAGAUUUGACGUAAAGUGGAAGGACACGCUAACCGCCACCUUGUCGGACGUUAGCUAAGCUAAGCGGCAGCAAGGAGGAACAACGGCGAACAACGAAGAACUUUACGGGGGCGUACCUUCCCGAGAGUCGCUUGUGACACGGAGACGGUGGUCCUCUUACUGCUGCUCCCCUCAUCUCCCAGGUAUAUACGGUUAUGCACCCUGGGAAAGGUGGUAAAGCAUCGUCGUACCUGUUAUCCAUCGUUAUCAUCAACAACGUCAUCACAAAUAUCAACACUAGCCAGUGAAGAAUCGUGUUUUUGUUGGUCGAGGACAAUCGACAACAACAACAACAAAACGUACACGUCUUGUAGACACAAAUUGCUGUCUUCAAAUUGUAGGACCACAUAAAAUUAAAACAAAAAAAAAACAAUUGACAAACUAAAGUGACAAAAGAGGAUGCAAGAAAGUGUAUGACACAACAAACAAGUGAAACAAUCUCUUUCAUCAGUGAAAUCUUCCAUGAGUGACAGAAUUUUCGGGAGGUGAUUCGUAGUGGCAGCCAAAACCCUCACCCUCCUAUAAUCCAUUCUAAACUACAAUCAAUCUAGACGACAUUAUAGCCCAAACGUGGGUGGAACUGAAUAUCUUCACUGACCUGACACACAAGUAUUGAACAAGUUCGCCCCCAGGAGGGAAGAAAGGAGUAAGUGUUGUGUUGUGAUGGAAUAUCAAGUUAGUCACGCGAACAAAUGUGUGAAAAAGCAGUCGUAUAGAUAAUAUUGCUAUCGGAAGGGAAAAGUUUCCCUCAAAAAAGGCAAUAAAGGGUAAAAAAGUUCACUCGCUUGAGGGAACAAUUAUUUACUUAUCCAAGGCACAAUACAGGGCGCUUUGGGUGAAAUCAAAUUCCCCUUUCCCUUGCAAGAGCAGAUAGAGGGAAAAUAAGCUUUAAUAUAAAAAAAAAUCGUGUUUCAAACCUCUCACGCUAGAGAACACUUGCACGCUAAAUCGCGGGCGUCGGUUUGAGUUGUGAGUUUGGGGGUCGAACCAAUCUGAACACUUGAAAACUCGCCAGUAAAGACAACAAAUUGUAAAAACAACAACUCAAUCUGUGCUAGUGAAAACAAUUAUACAAAACACCGUGUUCCAACAAAACCCUCGACAUAGAGGCUAUUCUCAUCAACAACCGCAAAAGAAAAGAACAAUCAGGUUCAACUAUAACGGCGGGUUUGUGGAUGCAUUUUACCAAGGAAAAAGUGAAAAGUUCCUGCCGCGAACCGGUGGCGGUUUGCUGCUUUGUGGGGGCAUUAUCGUCCAUCGAACGCGACGCGAUCGCGAUCACCUGCACGCCGUGAUAAAGCUCAUUCCAACCAAUCAAAACACAGUAUUCGUCUUGGUAGCCGAACGCCAUAAAGCUCGAGCAUCAAGUGGCAACGGCAAGAUACAAGGCUGCUAACACAUUUUACGGGUUUGCCAUUUAAAGUAUGCGCCAGUUUUGACGACGCUCCAAAGAUAGGAAAGCCGGGAGGUGGAUGGCAGCAAUAUCAUCAGCACACGACGGAGACUGUAAUAGACCAACAUACGUGUGACACACGGUAUUAUCCUUACGCGGGGAAUAAGAACGGACGGCGAAUUUCAACAAACAUUACUCUGUAGUAUCACGAUAUCACUACGGACACGAAGUAUCAGCGCUAAUAUACCCUUCGUGGAUACUACACUACCCAAUCUGUAUCUGAUCAACAAGUCUGACGGUAAAUCCCGGAGGUGGUGUAUUUGUAUACUUUUCGGUAAGGGGCUCGCAGUUGAAACACUUACUGGGGCCAUACCAUCCCCUUACCAGGCCAACGACGAGCAGAACGAAUCAUCAUCAACCGGCAAGCGAAAGAGUAGGAACCAACCCGAACUCACUUGUCCGCGCUGAGCAGCUUGUGCCAAUCGUCAACGUCUGUGAACGGAUAGGCUUCAACUGAAACAGGCCAUAAGCCAAAUAAGCGGACGACUAGUGCACCCGGGAUCCCUUCGGGUAGCAGUGGUAUAACACGGGAAACCAUCAUCAUACAACCAAUUACAAUCUCUCCGAAUUAUGACAUGUGAUUUUCUUGCUUACCUGACUAAAUGUUAACGUUAGGAUUAAUUUUUAUUGUCUGAACGACGGCAGAAAGAGGGAGAGAGAGGGGGAUAGCGAGGCGAGUGACAAAUAAGAGCAAUCUCGUGUUUUAACGAAACACGCGGACCGUGUCGUGAGUCAAAGGGUAUAAAUUGAAUGCCACGACGCUAAACACUGCACACUACUCCGAUAGCAAGCACAAAGAGGCAGCAGAGCAGUUUUUUCGAGGAGUGAUCUUACGCACACAAGGAGAGAGGGAGAGAGAGAGAGCAGAAAUAUGCAACCGAAUUUCGUAAGCGUUGGCGCAACGAUGCAAACUACAGACCAAUCGGAGCAACGGGAAAUGUACUCAACAAACAAAAUGAUGGCAGACACUUACGUUCCGUUCGCGGAGCUACUCCGAUUGACCGAACGGCAGCGUGCACUGGCGGCCGAGGGCUGUGCCCCUCGUUGCCCCGGUCGGCUCUGCGGUGGCGGAGAAAGCUCACUAAACGGUGGCGGAGCGUGGGGUUCACCGCCGGGAAGUUCGAACGCUGUCGGGUCCGGGUGGAAUGCGGCCGCUAACCCACUGGUGGGAGGAGGUUCCCAGCCCGGACAGCAGCAACAACAGCAAGUCUGGAAUAGUGGCCAAGCCAGCAUGCCACCACCGGUUGGACCGCCAGGAUCGAGGCCGGACCAGCUGGUCGGCAAGAGAGCGGCCGAUCUUUCGCAGUCCUCCGGUGGGCCGAUGCUUGGUCCUAAUGGAGGAGCAGGAGGAGGAGGAGGAGGUGGGCAGGGUGGCACUGGUGGCGGUUGGAAUCAGCUGGUCAGUAAGCCACCUUCCACCGUCAUUGGACAGCAACAACCCCAGCAACAACAGCAACAACAGCAGCAGCAGCCAAUCGCAAACCAGCAGAAUACGCCCGGAUCAGGUGCCAACCAACAACAGCAGCAACAGCAACAGCAGCAACAGCAGCAGCAGCAGCAGCAGCAGCAGGGGAAUCAGCAGCAACCACCGGUUGCACCCCCACCAGGAGUGCCUCCGGGCGCUGGUGCAGGAGCGAUCGUUGCCGGAGGUGUUGCUGCUUCCGUAAGCGCUAUGGCCGCGACACCGUCAUCGAAGCUGGAGCAUCUGAACUCGAUGCGUGAGGCGCUGUUCGCGCAGGACGGUUGGGGCUGCCAGCACGUCAACCAGGAUACGCAGUGGGAUGUGCCGGCAUCGCCGGAACCAAGCACCAAACCGGAUCCAUCGCUCAAGGCAACCGUCAACAACGGCACGGAGCUGUGGGAGACAAACCUGCGCAACGGCGGCCAACCGCCCGUGCAGCCACAGUCUCAGAAGACACCUUGGGGCCCACAGAGUCACCACGGUGGGACGUGGGGUGUGGACGACGAGGGCAGUGGUGAGGCGAGUAACGUUUGGACUGGCGCCACGGGUGGAGGUGGCGGUGGGGCAGUUGGAGUUGGAGGUGGUCCCGGUUCAGGUCCACCACCGGUCGGUGGCGGCAACCCGACGCUCGUUGGUGGUGGUGGUGGAGGUCAACCGGGAGCACCUGGCGGUGGUGGAUGGCAACCGGUUGGUGGUGGUGGUGGAGCGAUUGGUGGCAGUGGAAGUGGCGCUGGACCCAUCGGUGGUGGUGGCGGUGGCGGUAUGUGGCCACCGGGCGCCGGAGGCCUUACGGGAACCGGUGUUGCCCCACCGAAGAAGGAUAACGACUGGGGAAGUGGCCCCGGUGUCGGUGGUGGCAGUGGACUCGGAAUGGGAGGAGCUGGCGUUGGUGCAGCUGGUAGUGGCGGUGGGGGAUGGGGUGAACCACGUGGCGCUGGUCUUGGUGGUACCGUCGGAGGAGGAGGUGGAGCAUCGGUGGGAGCUAACGCGGGAGUUCCUCCUCAUCUGGCUUCGCAGCUGGACGGCCUGUCGAAUGUGGACAUCCGAAGUAUGCGUCCCCCGGGUGCCGGAGGAAUGGAGCCGAACCGCGAGUUCCGUGGAGAUCCCCGAGGCAUUUCCGGUCGUCUGAGCGGCUCGUCCGGUAUGAUGGAGCACUAUCCGAUGGGCAAAAUGCCACCACCGGGCGCUUCCGUUGGUGGCGGUGGUGUGAAUGGUGGUAAUCAAUGGCCGCUGGGUGGUGGUGCUGGCGGUUCCGGUGCGUUGGGCGGUGGACCGCCGAAUGUUCCGCUUACGAAAUCCGUCUCUGGCUGGGAUGAUAAUUCUCCGCCGGCUGUUCGUCGCAAUCCGAACCUUGACGACGGUACAUCCCUGUGGGCAUCGGCAGGUGGUGGUGGUGGUGGUGGCGGCAACGGUGGCCGUCCAUCGGGAGUAGUCGCAGAGCAGAUGGUUGGACGCAACGGACGCAAUGGACCACUGGGUGGGCUCAAUUCGGGCCCGCUUGGUGGUGGAGGUGGUCCUGGUGGACCGCUCGGCGGAGGUCCGCGAAUUGUUGGUUCCGGGCCGGGUGGCGGCAAUCCGCUCAAGGCAGACGGCGGUGGCAUGUGGGGCGGUGGUGCAACAGGAGGUGGACACGGAGGUCCGGGAGGACGCAACAAUGGAUCGUGGGACGAAGCAUCCCUCGGUGGUGGCGGAGGCAGCAACUGGGAUGACAAGCCUGGUCCGGGAGGUGCACUCGGUGGUGGUGGUGGUGGAGGGUCUUGGAUGGAUGGACCCGGUGGCAGCGGUGGUGGUGCUCCGGGAACUGGAGCCCCCGGAGUUGGUGGCAAUCAACCGUGGAACCCGAAUAAGAAACUACAGCUUGCAGGAGCGCCCGGAGUGUGGCAUGAUGGUUCCUCCGCCGGUGGUGAGCUAAUGGGUAACGAUUGGGGAACCGGAGGUCCGGGUGGAGGGGGUAAGCCUAACAUGAACAACAAACCCCCCCACGGUGGUGGCAUCGGCAGCGGACCGCUGGAAAUCAUUCGCAGCAGCAAGCAGUACCGCAUCCUGUGUGAGAUGGGCUACAAAAAGGAGGACGUCGAGUUUGCGCUUCGUGCGGCCAACAUGAGUCUGGAGGAUUCGGUUGAGUGGCUGCAGCGGAACGGCUCUAUGCCAAACGUGGGCGGACUGGGCGUGGGCAACGCUUCGGGUGGAGGUGGUCUUGGCGACUGGCGUCGGGACGAACCCCAUGCUCAGCUUGGCGCAGGCGGUGGAACUACCGGCAAUCUUGGAGGAGGCGGUGGUGCUGGUGGCAAUAUGUUUGAGCCACCCUUUAGCGGUGGACGCUAUAUGGGUGCUGCUGGUGGAGCCGGUAAUAGCGGUGCAGGAGGUGGCAUUGGUCCAUCGUUGCAUUUCCAGGGUAACCAGAAUGGAAUGCCGGGAGGAGGAGGCGGCGCCGGGGGAGGCAUGGGUGGUGGAGGUAAUCCGAAUCUCUCCGGAUUGCACGGUCUGUCGUCGAAGUCGCUCGGCAACUACCUGAACCAAGCGCCUCCCCCGAUGGGUGGUGCGGGUGGUGGCGGUCAGGGGGCGAACAAUAUGGCACCGUUCAAUCAAGGCGGCGGUCUCGGUGGAAAUGGGGGCAGUGGUGGUGGUGGUGCUGGUGGAGGCGGUGGCCAAAGCGCGGUACAACCGGCAACCCAACUGCGCUCGCUCGUCCAACAGAUCCAGAUGGCCGUCCAGGCCGGGUACCUGAAUUCGCAGAUUCUCCAUCAACCGCUGGCGCCACAAACUUUCUUGCUGUUGAAUCAGUUGUUGAACAGUAUUAAGCAACUGCAGAUAACACAGAACAACUUCCAGCGCAGCGGUGGUUCUGGAUCAAACCAAAUAGUGAUGAAAAUUAAACAGCAGAUCGCAAGUCUGCAAAACCAGAUCGCUACUCAGCAAACGAUGUACGUGAAACAGCAGCAGCAACAACAACAGCAACAGCAGCAACAGCAGCAGCAGCAGCAGCAACAGCAGCAACAUCAACAUCAACAUCAACAACAGCAUCCCCACCAGCAGCAUCAACAGCAGUCACACCAUCAGCAGCCACAUUCAACCGGUGGCGGCAACCCAUCGUCCCAUCUUGGCGGUGGUCACUUGGGCGGAGGCAACUUCCACCGCGAGCAGAACGAUCUGUCGGUCCUGCAGAACAGCCUGUCGGAGAUGACGCUCGGCAAGGAGCAUAAUGGUCCUUACCACACUGGGCCACCAGGUAGUGGAAGUGGGGCUGGCGGAGCCGGUGGAACCGGCCACACCAGCCAGCAGUCACGCCUGAACCAAUGGAAGAUGCCGUCGAUGAUGGACAAGGACAGCAGCCAUGAGCUGACCGACUUCUCGCGGGCUCCUGGCUCGACGGCCAAAUCAGGUGGUCUGGGUGGCAACGGAGGUAGUGGUGGAUCUGGCGGUGGGAUGGGUGCAUUGGGUGGCCUGCAAUCCGAUGGCACUUGGUCCUCGGGACGCGGUGGAAUGACCGACGGAUGGCCAGAUAACGCUACAUCCGACAUUACCGGCAAGGAUUGGCCUUCGAAUCAGGACUCGUUUUCGGACUUGGUGCCAGAGUUUGAACCGGGCAAACCGUGGAAGGGCACGCAAAUGAAGAUCGAAGAGGAUCCGACCAUCACGCCGGGCAGCAUCGCCCGUAGCCCGAUCGCAUCGAUUUCCGUCGGUUCCGCGAAGGACUCGGAGCUGUUCGCAAACAGCAGCAAACCGUCGCCAACCGAUUCGAUCAGCAUUUCCUCAUCGACCUGGAGCUUCGGUGGUGCGAAUAACAACUUCUCUUCGGCCGGGGUCGGUGGAGGUGGUGGCAGUGCGGGGGUCGCCGGUGGCAUGAACAAACUGGGUGGUGCUGGCAAGAGUACUUGGUCGGACACUGGCGUAACCGGUGCGACCUCGGACGUAUGGGGAGCAUCGGGCCCCGGAGCAAACGGUGCCGGUGUGGGUAAGGCUCCGCGCGGACCACCACCAGGUUUGUCGUCCGGGAAGCCGGGUGGAAUCGGAGCCGGUGCCGGCGCCGGUGGACCGGGAAGUAACGGAUGGAUUCAACGGCAUGGUCCGGCUGGAAACUGGCCGGCUGGUGGCACGUCGGGCGCCUGGUAUUCCACAUGGCUGCUGCUAAAGAAUCUCACCGCUCAGAUUGACGGUUCGACCCUGCGUACACUUUGCAUGCAGCACGGACCGCUGCAGAACUUUCACCUAUAUCUGAACCACGGCAUCGCGCUAUGCAAGUACUUGACGCGUGAGGAAGCCAGCAAGGCGCAACUGGCACUGAAUAACUGCGUGCUCGGUAACACUACGAUCUGCGCCGAAUCGCCGACCGAUAGCGAGGUGCAGACGAUUCUGCAGCACCUCGGACUGCCCGGACAGAACAAUGGUGGUGGCGGUGGCAGUGGUGGUGGAGGUAACGCCAACACUAACAGUGGCGUCGGUGGAGGUCUCGGCGGUUCGGGAGGUGUCGGCGGAAACUCUAGCCUAUCUCAGACAUGGCGUCUAGGCGGUGGGCACAACGCUGGCCGAGUUGCUGACACGUGGGGUUCGUCGUGGCCUUCAUCCGGCGGUGGAGGAAAUUUAUGGACCCCGUUGGACGGUCCAACAGAGCGAAGCACACCAUCGAACCUGAACUCGUUCCUGCCGGAAAAUCUUCUAGGUGGAGAGCUGAAUUGAAUUGCAACAACGUAGCAAUUUGCCACACUCAACACCUAAUUUGGCCUCAUCAUGCCAUCACAGUAAGUUUUCCAAAUAGUUAAGUAGUCGAUGUAAUAGAAGCUAAGUUAUUAAUACGGUAUACUAUAUUUUCGUAUCUGGUAUAACGUAAGAGACACGGGAAACAAAGCCAAUUCCCCAAGUCAAGGCAUCACUCCUCUGAGAACGGGUUUAAGAGAGGAUUUUUGGCAGUGUGUGUUGAUGACCACGGCCGGCCGACGUUAAACCUUAAACGAACCAUAAGCGAUACGCAUUCCCAAUGUAGCCGAAGGUACAAAUGAAAAGGUUUUGUUAAUUACUUUUAAUUAUUUGUAACACACUUUUAAUCAAUCAAAAACCAUGAUAACCUGUUUUAAAUGGGUGCGUGUAGGAAGUAGCGAGGAAAGGGGGGAUGCCUGUAAGCGAGGAGUGAACGCUGAAAGCAACAUGAGAGAGCGGUACAAUACUACAACAUAUACAUAAUUGCAAAAUAGACAAACACUUUUCAGGAAGAUGCUCGAUAGAUAACGUGAGAGUUAGUGGCCAGAGCAGAAGAGAAAACUGACCUCCAAAUAUUCGUAAUAACGUCGAUAUUUUAUGAAACUUUUUGUCACAGUCUGUCUUAGCAAUAGCGAAUGAUUAUAGAAAGAAUGGUGAAGAUUGAAAGAUUUUAUUACACACAUACCUACCUAAAUGAGUAACAAAAGAUAUCCUGAGUGCGCUUCAGUUGGGGGAUACGUUAAGAAAACUCAGUCCUACUACUUUUCAUCGAUGUUGGAAUGGCAUGUGCAUGGACUCGGAUGUACACGAAAAAUCGAAAUUGUAGUGUAAUACGAGCCGGCGGUAUUGGUCGUGAUCUAUUCUUAAUGGUUCUGGCUUGAUCGGACUCGCACAACAGCCUUAUAUUAUUUAUUCGUUACUGUUUUUACCUCCACUUUAAUUUCCUUAAGAGUUAUUACCUUUAUAUAGAAGUAAGUUCGUGAACCAAGCUUCUUCCAUUGAUGAAUAUUGAAAAAAAGUUUCGUUCCUUAAAUAACAGUCGAAGAACAAAUUGUGUACAUUAAUUCUCGCUUAACAUUAGUAUUAAAACCUGCAACCAGAACACCUUUGCAAUACGCAGUGAUGAACCUAUCAGAUCAUGAUGUGCAUUUAGUCGAAACCGCGAAUCGUCAAACAGGGAACAAAUAAUAGCAUACAGGUGUAUGGUGUUCGACGUGUGUACGUUUAUACGAAGACAACGAUGUUGAAAUCCAACGUGCUAGGUUGAGGGAAGUGGGAUUAAUUUAAUUUUAAAACCAACCGAAAUUUAAAUAUCAAACUAAAAUGAUCUCAACAUAUGACGGAAUGAGCGCAGAAAACAGCAAAGGGUAAAUCGAUUGCACAACGUUGGGAAGAUUUUCAAUGCCAAGCUACUAAUGACGGGGAAGAAUUUCAUCCUAUUGUUAUUUGUUUGUUUGUUUGUUUCUUUGUUUGUAUUCGUUUCCUUAGUUUUAUUUUUAUUCCAAGGUAGGCAGCCUCACUUUCGAUCUUAAUACGUGUGAAGAUAUUAGUCAAGGUGACAAGCAAAAA